AUGAACAUUCGGAGGAUACUAUUCGGUCUGGCUGUGGGGUCGUCGUCCCUAUCGCAGAUCGUUACCGGUGCGCCUGCCAUCGACACGACUCCACCACCGCCACCUGUGCUCGAUGGCAUGAGCUAUUUGACGCUCAGUCGUCCGUUGGAGGACAAAUAUUUCCAUGAACCCGUUGGACAUGAGGAGGGCGCUGAUGACCGAUUGGGCCAUUAUGAUGUUCGAUAUUUCCAUGGCAUGGUGUCCGAGGAGGAGCGAGCGGAGAGUCUGCAUCAUAUGGUGAUUGCGUAUUUGGAUUUCUUUCGAUUGAAUAAGUUGGAAACGUGGAUUGCGCAUGGGACGCUGUUGGGGUGGUGGUGGAAUAGCGAGUUACUGCCCUGGGACUGGGACGUCGACACCCAAGUCCUCGACACAACUCUAGCCCGCAUGGCCCGCGAAUUCAACCGCACCGUUACCAGCUACACCUCCACCGACAAAAAAUUCAAACGCAAAUACCUCCUCGACAUCAACCCCUGGGCAUACUUCCGCGACAGCGGACCAGGCCACAACAUCAUCGACGCGCGCUGGAUCGACACGAGCAACGGGUUAUACGUUGAUAUUACAGCCCUGAGCCGCUUCAACCCAGAGGAAAGCCCGCAUACAUGGGAAUGCAAAAACAGACAUAUAUACCACACAGAUGAUUUGUAUCCGCUGCGACAGAGUAAGUUUGAGGGGACAAAGGUCCUGGUGCCGUUUAGGUAUCAGGAAUUGUUGAUGGAAGAGUAUUCUGUCAAGGCGUUGACGCGCACGAAUUUUCAAAAUCACACAUGGAGUCCCUCAGUUGGACAAUGGGUACUGCAGGUGUAG